UAAAUAUGCACUGGAAAGGUUGAACUCGUGCUAUAAUGUUCUAAUAUGUGAAACAAUGUACUAUUCAAGUAAAGCUGAGCACUUUGCUAGAUUUUUGGGCCACACAGAGUUUAAAGCCAGCAAUGGGUGGCUUGAAAAUUUUAAAAAAAGGCACAACAUUUCUUUUAAGAAAGUUUGUGGAGAAAGAGGAGCUGUAGACGAUGACGUAGUAGUUGAUUGGAAGGCUUCAUUACCAGAUCUCAUUAAAGAUUAUGACCCCAAAAACGUAUUCAAUGCUGACGAAACUGCUCUGUUCUUUAAGUGUCUCCCUGAUAAGACUUACGAGUUUAAAGAGGAAAAAUGUCACGGGGGCAAACACAACAAAGAACGAAUUACUCUUUUGCUUGCGUCAAACAUGACAGGUACGGAUAUGUUAAAACCUCUAGUGAUAGGGAAAUCAAAAAAACCUCGAUGCUUUGCUGGAGUAAAGUCAUUACCUGUUGACUACACAGCAAAUAGGAAAGCAUGGAUGAAUGCGGAGUUGUUUGCAGAUUGGUUACUUAAGUUAGAUAAGCAAAUGGGCAAAGGGAAGCGAAAAAUUAUUUUAUUUAUUGACAACUGCAGUGCUCACAACACUAUUCCUGAGCUCAAAUGGGUAAAGGUCCAGUUUUUACCAGCAAAUACGACAUCAAAAUUACAACCUCUGGAUCAGGGCAUUAUUAAGAAUUUUAAAGUUCUUUACAGAACUGAAGUUGUAAGAAGAUUUGUGGCUGAUAUUGAAGACGGAAAGGAGUGUUCAAUCAAUCUGUACAUUCACCGUACACAAACCGUUGAUGUUGAAAAAAUCCCCAAGCGACAAAGACAUGGAUCACAACUGCAGAAAUCAAGAAUCUUUAUCAACUCUGCAUACAACACACGAAACAAACAAACACCACUGGGGUCGGACCAUAUACAGCCUUGCACACCCCCAGCAGACGAAAAUGCUAAUAAAUCAUUGUCCAAAGACUCCAGGAGAAAACUGCAAACCCCAAAACUGAGCACCUAUCAAGUGACGACACAAGGCUUAGCCCAAGUAACAACUGACCAGCUAAUAGGGAAGAGUGGGGGAGAUAGUCAAACCCCGUCACAAAAACAGAGCACCUAUCAAAGUAUGGACAUUGCUGCCCAAAAUACAAAUUAA